AUGACAACCAAAUCCACCAGCAGUGUUUUGGUUGGGAAAGCCUGCUCCUCUCCUCUCUUGUCCUCUCCACCUCAACAGCGCUUGGUCACUAAAGAUGGACACUGUGCCCUAAGUUCCCCACGGUGUCCCUCCGGUUCAUGGUGCAGGGCAUCAGGCACAGCCUGGCUGCUGGCUCUGCAGGACUUGUGGGGACUGUUGGUGGGUCUACGGUGGAGAUGGGUCCUGCUGGCCUUCUGCACCUCCUUCCUCACCCACUGGCUGCUGUUUGCCUGUCUGUGGUACCUACUGGCCCACCUCAACGGAGACCUGGCUGUAAAAGAUCACGAUGCCCCCCCCCAGGGCCAUGUAGUUUGUGUAAAACACAUUACUAGCUUCACCGCUGCCUUUUCCUUCUCCCUGGAGACACAACUGACCAUUGGCUAUGGCACCAUGUUCCCCAGUGGGGAUUGUCCCAGUGCCAUUGCAUUGCUGGCUGUUCAGAUGCUGCUGGGGCUCAUGUUGGAAGCAUUCAUCACAGGUGCAUUUGUAGCCAAGAUUGCACGUCCCCAAAAGCGAGCUGGAGCCAUCCAGUUCAGCCCGCAGGCAGUGGUGGGCCAACACCAGGGCCAAAUGUGCCUCAUGCUACGAGCCACCAACCUACUGCAGCAACCUCUGGUGGAUGUAAAGAUGACUGCUGUGCUCUACGAGGAGCAUGAAGGUCAGGCCCUCCACCAGACUUCUCUGGACUUCCUCUUGGAUCAUAUGGGGCAGCAGCCCUGUCCCUUCUUUAUCUUCCCACUAACCUUUUACCACCCCCUAAAUCGCCAGAGCCCCCUUUACCCCACACUGUGUGAGGGCACAUCAAACAACUUUGAGUUGGUGGUCUUUCUGUCAGCUUUGCAAGAGGGAACUGGUGACUCCUGUCAGAAGAGGACCUCUUACUUGCGCCAAGAAAUCCAGUUUGACCGUUGCUUUGUCCCAGCAUUGGGGAUGGAUGCUAGGGGGAGGUACAUGGUGAGCACCCAACACUUUGAUACAGCCCACUCAAAGGAGCCUUUUAACAAGGAUUGUGUUGUGCAGAUCAAUGGAGAUGGCAGCGACAGGACGGAGUAA